GGAACUAUACAUCCUGAAGAAUGGAUGCAACAAUUUAAAGUAUUUUGUUGCGCUAAUAAAAUAUCACCCUCUGAAGAAAAGUAUUUAUGGAAACAAUUGAUCCAUCCUGCAAUUAAAAUUCCUUCUAUUGAAAAUAUAUCAACGCACGAUGAAUUUUUAAAUGCUUUGAAAGCUCAUGUCUCUUUCGAUAUUUUUAAAGAAUGUUGUAAAAGAAAACUAUUGGAGUUAAAAUAUAUUCCUGAAAAGUAUGGCGGAGAUACAGCGAUUCUUCUUUCUAAAUUUCAAACUCUUUGUUAUAAUGCAGGAAUAAAUAAUAUUGAAGAAAUUAAGAUGAUAAUUUACAAAAUUAUGAUGUCUAACGAAUUUUUUAAAAGUGAAUUCAUAAGAAAGUCGAAAGAAAUUAAUUCAAUAGAAGAAUUGUUAAAAUUAUUUAAUGAUAUAACAGCAGAUGAAGCAAUCUCAGUUAAAAAUGGUUCUUAUGUUGCUAUAAAACAUGCCGCCACUGGAAAAUAUUUAAGUAGUGUAUCAAAUUUGAAUUAUGAAACAGGCUCACGUAAACAAGCGGUAUUUGCUGGAAAAACUUCUCUAGAACUAAAUGCGAUAUGGAACAUUUUUGAUAACAAAGGUCGAUCGAAUGUUUUUUAUGAUGAUAUUUAUUUGAUGCAUCAACAAACUAGCAGAAGGUUAAGCUGCUCUUCUCAUAAAUCUCUAUCUAAUUAUUCGGAAGGUAAUUUAUAAAUUUAGUAUAACUGUUUUUUAAAUAAAUAAUUGAAAUUUAUUUUGUAGUAAAUACACGUAGCGAGGAGUAUACAAGUUGGAAAUUGAAACAGUAUAAUUCAACAAAUAAUUGUGUAUAUGUAAAAUCUCAAGAUAGAAUUAUUUUACAAAAUAACUAUUUUAAUAAGAUUUUACGAAGUCAUGAACUUGAAUUCACUAUUAAUAAUGAGAAAUUCCAAGAAGUUGUUUGUCAUGACGAAAGAAUUGGCGGAAAUGAUGAG